GCCGCCGCGGCGGCAGGAGGUGGGGCGAGGCGAGGCUUGCUGAGGCGAGGCGGCGGCCGGGCCGGACCGGGCCACAGGCGGUGGCGGCGGGACCAUGGAGGCGGCGGCCGCUGCUCCGCGUCCCCGGCUGCUCCUCCUCGUGUUGGCGGCGGCGGCGACACUGGUCCCGGGGACGACGGCAUUACAGUGUUUCUGCCACCUUUGUACAAAAGACAAUUUUACUUGUGUGACAGAUGGGCUCUGCUUUGUCUCUGUCACAGAGACCACAGACAAAGUUAUACACAAUAGCAUGUGUAUAGCUGAAAUUGACCUAAUUCCUCGAGACAGACCAUUUGUAUGUGCACCAUCUUCAAAAACUGGGUCUGUUACUACAACCUAUUGCUGCAACCAGGACCACUGCAAUAAAAUAGAACUCCCAACUGUUGGAAAGCCAUCAUCUGGCCUUGGUCCCGUCGAACUGGCAGCUGUCAUUGCUGGACCAGUCUGCUUUGUCUGCAUCUCACUCAUGUUGAUGGUUUAUAUCUGCCAUAACCGUACUGUCAUUCACCAUCGCGUGCCAAAUGAAGAGGAUCCUUCCUUAGAUCGCCCUUUUAUUUCAGAGGGCACUACAUUAAAAGAUUUAAUUUAUGAUAUGACGACAUCAGGUUCUGGAUCAGGUUUACCACUGCUCGUUCAGAGAACAAUUGCAAGAACUAUUGUGUUACAAGAAAGUAUUGGCAAAGGUCGAUUUGGAGAAGUUUGGCGAGGAAAGUGGAGAGGAGAAGAAGUUGCUGUUAAAAUAUUCUCCUCUAGAGAAGAGCGCUCAUGGUUCCGUGAGGCAGAGAUUUAUCAGACCGUAAUGCUACGUCAUGAAAACAUCUUGGGAUUUAUAGCAGCAGACAAUAAAGAUAAUGGCACAUGGACUCAGCUCUGGUUGGUCUCAGAUUAUCAUGAGCAUGGAUCCCUUUUUGAUUAUUUGAACAGAUACACAGUUACUGUGGAAGGAAUGAUAAAACUUGCUUUGUCCACAGCAAGUGGACUUGCCCAUCUCCACAUGGAGAUUGUUGGUACCCAAGGGAAACCAGCCAUUGCUCAUAGAGAUUUGAAAUCCAAGAAUAUCUUGGUAAAGAAGAAUGGAACUUGCUGUAUUGCAGACUUAGGACUGGCAGUGAGACACGACUCAGCCACAGAUACGAUUGACAUUGCUCCAAACCACAGAGUGGGGACAAAAAGGUACAUGGCCCCCGAAGUUCUAGAUGAUUCCAUAAAUAUGAAACACUUUGAAUCCUUCAAACGUGCCGACAUCUAUGCAAUGGGCUUAGUAUUCUGGGAAAUAGCUCGACGAUGUUCCAUUGGUGGAAUUCAUGAAGAUUACCAGCUGCCUUAUUAUGAUCUUGUACCUUCUGAUCCAUCAGUUGAAGAAAUGAGAAAAGUUGUUUGUGAACAGAAGUUAAGGCCAAAUAUUCCAAACAGAUGGCAGAGUUGUGAAGCCUUGAGAGUAAUGGCUAUUAUGAGAGAAUGUUGGUAUGCCAACGGAGCAGCGAGGCUUACAGCUUUGCGUAUUAAGAAAACAUUGUCACAACUCAGUCAACAGGAAGGCAUCAAAAUGUAGUUCUGCAGCUUUGCCUGAACUCUGCUUCUCCUUCAGAUCUGCUCCUGGGUUUUAAUUUGGGAGGUCAAUUGUUCUACCUCACUGAGAGGGAAUAGAAGGAUAUUGCUUCCCUUUGCAACAGUGUAAUAAGGUCAUCGAGAAACUCCCCAGGAUUUCUUUGGACCCAGGAAACGGCCGUGUGGGUCCUUUCUGUGCACUAUGAACACUUCUUUCCCAGGACAGUUACAAAAUGUUGUGUAGUCUACCUUUAUUUUUUAUUAACACAAAACUUGUUUUUUUGUUUUUUGGUUUUUUUUAAAGAUGAUUGCUGGUCUUAACUUUAGGUUAACUCUGCUGUGCUGAAGAUCAUCUUUAAGGGUAAAGGAGCUGGAUUGUUGCGUUAUAUAAAACAUUUCUUAUUUUUAAAGAAAGUGAUUUAUUCCUGGUUAGUACAUUCUCAGAGGAUUCUGAACCACUAAAGAGUUUCCUUGAUUCAGACUUUGAAUGUACUGUUCUAUAAUUUUCAGGAUCUUAAAACUAACACUUAUAAAACUCUUAUCUUGAGUCUAAAAAUGACCUCAUAUAGUUGUGAGGAACAUAAUUUAUGCAAUUGUAUUUUGUAUACUAUUACUGUUCUUUCACAUAUUCAGAACAUUACAUGCCUUCAAAAUGGGAUUGUACUAUACCAGUAAGUGCCGCUUCUGUGUCUUUCUAACGCUUACAGUCUGUGUGUCUUAAAAGCUGUAGUAUUUUAAUUCAAAAAAUUUAUUUAUCUGGGUAACCCAGACUUUUCUGUUUUGUUUAUUGGAAGACUUUUUGUAGUAUGUCAUUUGGUAUUCCAUUUUGAAAAUGCCUUUCUCCUACCAAAAUGUGCUUAAACCACUGAAGAAAUGAAGUGGCAUUAAUUGAUAAAUGUUAUCAUGGUCAUUUUUUAAUAUUCUUACAUCAAGCUUUUGCAUCUAAAUUGUGUUGUCUAAGUAUACCUUAAAAAAAUCAAGUGGCACUGUAGAUGCUUAUAGUACUCUAAUAAUUUAAAACUUGUAGCAUACAGACUAAUUUUUCUAAAAGGGAAAAUUUGUCUAGCUGCUUGUGAAAAGUUGUAUGGCAUUCUGUAAGCCAUUUUUUUUCUUUAUCUGAUCAAAGACAGUGUUAUUUUUUUAAGAAAUGAAUUACAUUUAAAAUUAGGGUGUGUUAAUGUUAAAUAAUAGGCCUUUUUCUAGGAAGGUAAAGGUAGUUAAUCAUUUGAGUAGGUAACAGGUGUGCAGGAGAGUUACAGUUGUUAUGUAGGAGUCAGUGUUCGGUGGACUUUCUGUCUUUGUAACUAAGGUUAGAGUUAGCGUGGUUCUGAGGUCUCACUACACUUUGAAGAAGGCAGCUUCUAAUUCAGUCUUUUCUUCUGUGUGCAGAUACUGCAACUGCUUAAUUUACAUGGUUAGGUAAUAAGUUUAGUAUACCCUUGAUAUUUGGGAGAGUGGUACCUAAAGAACAUUCUGAAAUUUGGUUCUCCGUUUACAGAUGUUUUCAGGCAAAUUCUGUGUUUAAAGCAAACUUGUCAUGAUCUUCACACUAAGUUGAAACUGGCUUAUAGUAACUGAUUUUUACUUCCAGUGCUAAAAGUCUUUUAGGGUUUUUACGGUUUUCAGAGUUCUCUUUAUCACUGUGAUCGUAUUCUGAUGGAAGAAAAACUAUCAUAGCAAUGAGGCAAGACAUUGACUUUAUAGUGCUAUCAAUUUCCAAAUGAAAGGGUCAGAAUAACCUUUAUAGUAUUUGGUCAGUAAGAGAUAGUGGCCAUUUACGCUGACUGAGCUGCAUUCUGAUCAUCUCUUUUCUCUUACACAUAGAAUAAAUUUGAAAGACUAUUUGGUCUUAAAGCCAAAGUAAUUUUAGAAUGAAUGACAUAUGCAUAGGAAUUUAGUGUCAGUUUCAUGUGUUUAAAAACAUCAUGGGGAAAAAUGUGCUUAGAGGUUAAUAUUUUGACUCCAAAUUUGAGUUUUUUUCUGUAGUUACCAUGAUUUUGUCAAAGCAAACGAAUGACAGACGUUGAGGGCUUUGUUUUUAUAAUUAUGUUAUAUUUCCUGUUUAGUAAUCUCUAGCUCUCUGAUUAGGUACUUUUUUUUUUUUCUUGGCCAUUUCUACGCCUACCAGAUCUGCUUUAUGAAAUCCAGGGGACCAAUGCUAAAACUAUUUUUAUAUAAUUUUAAGAACAUACCAAAAGUUCUUGUCUGAUUUAAAAUUGAGAUACAUGAUUUCUCACUUUCAUAUAAGGUAAUCAACUUUUACUGAAGAUACUCUUUAUUAAAUCAGAGAUUGAGUUGCAAUUAUACUCUUGCCUAAGUGGAUAAAAUGUACUUUUGGUGAGUCAGGGAAUUUUUUUAAAAGUUGGAGUUUAGUUCUAAAUUCGGUUUACAUAUUACUGCAGCAAAUUCCUUUUCUGGCUAAUGACAGUUUGAUAAACUCCGAUUAGUUAAUAUUGAAAAUGAAAGUCACUUAAAAAUGAAAUAGAUCAUGAUUACUGUGGCCAUAACUGCAGAUAACGUUUGACUAGAGUAUUGAUUUUCUCAUUUAGAUACACAAGCCUUUGUUUAUACUGCCUGUCUUCAGAUGCUCACCUUCCAAAAUUAAACUUGGUUUAAAAUAUACCUUCAGACCAAUUACUUGUCCACAUCCAUUUCGUCAGUACCCCGGAGGAGUGGGGAUGCGGGAGGUGUGACCCAGUGGGGCACAGGUAUCCCUGGCCUGCCCUUCCUGAAGUUUCUCUCAACCUGCCUUCUUGCUGGUCCCUGACUUAGAGAUGAAUUGCCUUGCCACCACCCUUCCUCGCCCACCUCCCUUCAGCCGCCUUUUGACUGAAUAGCUGCUUUGGAAAUCUAGAGUAAAAUGGUUGAUGGAAAUGUGGGACAUGCUUCCAUUUCCUUGAGUCACUGAAUGUUGCUGGGAGGGUUCUCCAGGUUUGGAGAUGGGGUGGAUGAUGGCCCUGCUGGCUGCCUUGUUGUGACUUCAGCUGUGGCCAAGGAGUGGGAAGGCAGUGAGGUAGCAGUCAUGGCAGCAGGAGCUGUGCCAGAAGCAGCGGCACAUCGGGUCCUCUAAGGGACAGGGCGAGGUCCGAAGCCCGGAGUCUAAGUCUGCUGUAGUGAUAGUGCUCAAGAAGUGCCUUGAGUCCGUGCACAGUGACAUGGUUAGUAACAUCAAGAAUUCCACAUUUCAGUUCUUGUUACAAAAUUUCAGUGGUCACUUGGCCAUUCUGCAGCUCAUGCAUGAGCUACCUUCAGUUCCCCCUCUACAUCUGAGAGCUGUCCCGUAUAGAAUAUUUUAUAAAACAAGAUGGCAUAGUGCUAAUUAAAAUGCAGAACAAAAUCAGUAUCCCCUUAGACAUGUCCUAUCAAGAGUUUAUUUUUAUCCUUGCACUGAAAGAGUGAUUAAGUCAGCUGUUUCUUUUUGUUUCUUGACUGUGGCAGUGUUCUGGCUCCAAAUGAUGGAGAUUCCAAAUAAUGGUUCUGUUACAGCAUGGCAGGAAAUGCCAGUUCAGAUAUUUUUGAGAUCCUAAAGAAUAGGUCUGCACAUGUAAUCUGUAGCUCCUUGUGUCUGUUUUGGAAUGCUGGACUACCCAUGGGCCCUCUCUCUAGGAAUGCUGGAAUUCUAAGACAUUCUGAGGAUUGUCAGUACACUUAAACUUUUCAACACCAUUAUGCAAUCUUAUUUGUAAUUGUAGACUUUAAAGAAUGUGUUUAAUAACAUUCAACCUGUUUCUUAAAGCUUAAAAAAGAACUUAAGUGAAUUUGUUUUUAUUUUUUAACGAGAUUUGUGAAUUGAAUAUCAUGAACCGUGUUUUGAUAUCCCUUUUUCACAUUGUGCCAAUGGAAUGGGGUGUUUGAUAUUUCUUUAUAUGUCAAGGAGAUGCUUCAAAAUGUCAAUUGCUUUAAACUUAAAUUACCUCUCAAGAGACCAAGGUACAUUUACCUCAUUGUAUAUAUAAUGUUUAAUAUUUGUCAGAGCAUUCUCCAGGUUUGCAGUUUUAUUUCUAUGAAGUAUGAGUGUUAUGUUGCUAAAUUACUGAAAUGGUACUGUAUUGUUUAUAUUUGUACCCCAAAUAACAUCUUCUAUAGUUUUUGUUUUCUGUAUUUUAUUGUAUUUGUGCAAAAUUCUUUUGGCUUUAUCAGUGUGAUCUCUGCCCUUUCAGAUGUGUACAGAAAAUGUCCAUAUAAAUUUUCAUUUAAUUUGAAUGAUUUUGAGAAAACUGUAAAGAGGAAAGAAAAACAAAAACUGCAAUUCCCCAUAAGUUUUUAAAAGUUGUAUAUUGUAUUUGUAGUAAUAUUCUGAAUGAGUUGUAAAUAGGAAGUAGAAGAGCGAUGCUUAUGUCAAGUCCUAACACUACAGUAGAAAAAUGGAAGCAAUGCAAAUAAAUGACUUUUUUCCCCAAGUGCUAGUGGUAUAAUUUAAAAUAAACUGUGUAUA